GCCAUGCUGGGCGCUGUCCUCUUUAGCGGCGGCUCCUUCUUCCGAUGCUUGGUCACACAAUCGUGGUCCGAGAUGCCGAUCGUAGCCCCAACGGCUGCUAUGGCCCGGGGCGCCAUUGCGGCCACCUUGUUUUGGUGGUUUGGCUUAGUCCUGCACAAAGGCAAGUGGCGCUCGCAGGCCUUGAUGACCUUGACUUGGCU